UGCUACAUAGCAUUAGUCAAUCGCGAAACGUUCGUCAAGUUUUAACGAGAUCUUUUCAUAUUACAAAUUAGCUAUGGUGCUUACACUCAGUGUCAUCCUUUGGUCAGCAGUCACUGCACUCCUGCUGUACCGUUGUAUCCUAUUUCUAUUCGGGCGACCACCCAACUUUCCCAAGGGACCACCGCGACUUCCUCUGCUCGGCGGAUACGCUAUCAUGCUGAUGAUUAACUACAACCACCUACACAAGGCUGCACUGAAGCUGAGCGAGUUUUACCGAACCAACAUUUUAGGAAUUUAUCUGGGUGAUUUUAUAACAAUCGUGGUGAACGAUCUGGAUGUGGCGAAAGAAGUUAUGAACCGUACCGAAUUCGACGGUCGGUCGGAUAUGUUCCUGGCACGGUUGAGGGAACGAAACUUCCAACGAAGGGGAAUCUUCUUUACCCAAGGUCCGGAUUGGAAGGAACAACGGCGUUUCGUUUUGCGACAUCUUCGGGACUAUGGCUUUGGACGACGCUUCGCCGAUCUGGAGGCCGAAACGGAAAGUGAAGUCAUGAAUUUGGUGGAUAUGUUGAAGUACGGUGCUAAGUUUGAACAUGAGAAAGAAUUUGUGGACGGCCAUUGUGCCAGAUGCCCGGAAGUGUUUUACGGUUGUUUGGCAAAUCUGUACUUUCAAGUGAUUUGUGGGGAACGGUUUUCAAGGAAAGAUAUGGCAGGAUUGUUCGAAACCGGUCGCUACGCUCUCCACUUUCAACAAAAAGGGGAUGAUUACGGUACUAUCCUGAGUUAUUUGCCCUGGCUGAAGGAUUACUUCCCAGAGGCAACCAACUAUCGCAUAAUGCGUGAAGCAAACCUUCGAAUGAUCGACCUGGUGGAAUCUGUUUUGAAACGGUACAUGGCUUCGUACGACGAAAAUCACAUCCGAUGCUUUCUCGACCGAUACAUUAAAGUGAUGAAUAACUCAACGCCGUUAGAAGGAGAAACUUUUACCUUUCAGUACGACCAACUAGUAAUGAUCCUGUGGGACAUGUUACUACCCACGAUGUCGGGUUCGGCUAUACAACUAUCCAUGCUGUUGGAACGUCUCCUGUUGAAUCCCCACGUGAUCGACGAGGUACAACGAGAACUCGACGACAUUGUUGGCCGAGGACGUUUACCCACCCUAGAUGAUCGAGUUCAGCUACCAUAUACGGAAGCAACCAUACGGGAAGCAUUACGCAUCGACACCCUGGUCCCGUCGGGAAUAGCACACGUUGCUCUAGAGAAUACAACGUUGCGCGGGUACGACAUUCCGAAGGGUACCUUCGUUAUGCUUGGACUUGACGUUAUUCACCAUCAACGCGAGGUUUGGGAGGAUCCGGAAAACUUCCGACCGGAACGGUUCCUCGACGAACAGGGCAAACUAUCGCUGGCGAAAGAUGUAUCCGUUCCUUUUGGAGCGGGUAAGCGGCUAUGUGCCGGGGAAACUUUCUCCCGUAACACACUGUUUCUGAUGUUUUCUGCGAUAGUGCAAAAUUUUAAUCUACAUGUCCGACCGGGUGAUAAAUUGUCAGAUUUGGGCAAAAGAGUGACCGGUGUGGUUACUUCAACGGAACCGUUUUGGAUUAAUUUUAAGCCGAGAUGAGAAUGUACAAGUUGUACAGUCAAUCUGGCUGGUUGGAGUACUUUGAGUGUAAGCUCGGAAUAUCUACUUUACCUUAAGAUUUUAUGUUUGUUGAAAACUGAAGCUUUAAACGCACAAUAUAGUUAUCUUCUCAUUAAUUUGCGAUACUUGAAGUACACAUGAUAACAAACUCACUGGAUAUAUUUUAAACUGUGUUUAGAUUGAACGGUUGAACAGGUGAAAAAAAAUCUCAUUUUUUGUAAACAAAAGAGGGAUUCGAUCAACUGAUCGAAAAGCCAUUGCGACCAUGCACGACAAAGACGAUAUAACGUCGAUAAUGCAGGUAUGUUACGUAUACACCCUAUACACCCAUUUCUAUACAGUAACAAAACCAUGAUUUUCACUGUGACAGUAAUUUUACAAUAAUUUACAGUAAGUUUUAGUGUUAUGCUACAAUACAAAAACAAUAAACUUAAACGUUUUGACAAUAAA